AAAAACUUGUUAUUUUCAUUAUGGCAAUAUUAAGUACGAAAAAAUGUCAAUGUCAAUCAACACGUGUUGUUGACAUGCUGCAGCGCGUCCGGAAAAUGUCAUUUUAUAAAAAUACAAAUAAGCUGUAGUUUUCUUAGAAAUAUUUCAUUCGCGUUGUAAAUAAAAAAAUAACUACAAUGUUGCGAAGACAGGCGCGUUUGCGCCGCGAAUACUUAUAUAGAAAAUCAGUUGAAAACAAACAAAAAAGUAUACAAGCGAAAAAAGAUCAAUUGAAAAGAAGUUUGGAAGAAAACAUUCCGAUUCAUGGUGAUUUAAGAAAAGAAGCCCUCUCUUUACAAAAGAGAAUAGAAUUUGAAGAUAAAGGACCAGAAAAAGCAGCAGUAAUCGGAGGUUUUAGCGGUGGAGCGAAUACUGCUAAUUCACAAGAUGAUGAGUACAGAUACGCCGGGGUUGAAGACCCAAAGAUCAUGAUUACCACAUCUAGAGAACCUAGCGCUAGGCUAAAAAUGUUUGUGAAGGAACUCAGAUUAAUCUUUCCGAACAGUCAGCGUAUGAAUCGUGGUGGUUAUGAGAUGUCUCAAUUGAUACAUGCCUGCAGAGCUAAUGAUGUGACUGAUUUUAUUGUUGUUCAUGAACAUAGAGGUGUACCUGAUAGUUUGGUAAUAUGUCACCUACCAUACGGUCCUACCGCGUCAUUUACAUUGUCCGGAGUGGUGAUGCGUCAUGAUAUACCAGACAUUGGUCCCAUGAGUGAACAGUACCCACAUCUUAUAUUCCACAAUUUUAAGAGCGACCUCGGUUUGAGAACUAUGAGUAUUUUGAAGUAUUUGUUCCCGGUGCCUAAAGCAGAUUCAAAACGAGUUAUUACAUUUGCUAAUAAUGAUGAUUAUAUUUGUUUUAGACAACAUACAUACAAAAAGGCGGGUAAAGAAAUAGAGUUAACUGAAAUAGGUCCUCGUUUCCAAAUGAAGUUGUAUGAGAUAAAACUAGGCACGUUAGAAGCCCUGGACGCGGCUGACACGGAGUGGGCCCUUCGCCCCUACAUGAACACUGCAGCUAAACGAAGAUUCCUCAGUGAUGAGGACGGCUGGCAGGAGGAACAAUAAAAUAUUUGACAUGAUAA